AGGAAAUUCAGUUCAUGUUCUACGAUAUUUAUAGAUGAUUCAACUGUCUCACAACCAAACCUAAAAAAUACUAUUAAAGCUGUAGCACUUGCCAUUUAUUUUCAUAUUAAAAACAGGAAUUUCUCUCGGAAUGGUCAGGAAGCUCGGACGUUAAUCAUCUUUGAUGAGAAGAAAUAUCCUCUAUCUAAAGAACCUGUCCAGUCUGAUUAUGAUAAACGUGAUCCCGAACAUAAAACUAUUUAUAGAUUUGUACGCAAUUUAUUUAAUGCUGCUCAGUUGACAUCAGAAUGUGCUAUUGUUACUUUAGUCUAUCUUGAACGAUUGCUCACCUAUACAGAAAUUGACAUCAUGCCUGCGAACUGGAAGAGGAUUAUACUCGGUGCUAUUUUACUGGCCUCGAAAGUCUGGGACGACCAGGCUGUAUGGAACGUUGAUUUCUGUCAGAUAUUAAAGGAUAUAGCCGUAGAAGAUAUGAAUGAAUUAGAAAGACAGUUUUUAGAAGCUUUACAGUUUAACAUUAACGUACCUUCUAGUAUUUAUGCUAAAUAUUAUUUUCACCUGCGAGAGUUGGCUGAUGCUCAUGAUUUAGUCUUUCCAAUGGAACCUUUAAGUAAAGAAAGAGCAUUGAAAUUAGAGGCCAUGUCGAGUGUUUGUGAAGAUAAAUUAAAACUCUGGUCCAAAUCAAAUCAUCACAGAUCGGGAAGUCUGGAUGGUUCGAAAGCAACACGACGAUUCAGCAGUAAAGCCAUAAUAUCCUGA